AUGAUUUACUCUCCCGAAGAAAAAAGGAAAAUUAUCUUAGAUAAUUACCGCCAGCCCAGUCAGCAAGUAGAGUUAGCAGAAUUAAAGAAAAAGAGUGCGGAAUGGCAAGUGCCUUUUGAUACUUUUCAUAGUUUAGAAGCAGGCUGUGGUGAUAUUAUUCACUUACUAAUAAAAAAAAAAGAUAAUUAUUUGGAAAAAUGCUUAUUUUCCGGUCAACAGUCUUGUCUUAUUACUGUGGCGGCCGCUAAUAUUCUCUGUUCCGGUUUAGAAAAGAAAAAUUUACAAUUUGCUCAAAAAAUACUAAAUAAUUGUGAAGCGAUGGUGGAAAAGAAAGAACAUAAUUUAGAAAAUUGUCCUGAUUUUCAAGUGUUUAGUGAUAUAUCACAUGAACUACCCCAACUUAACCCUCUUGUGAGAUUUGAAAUGGGAGUUUCUGAUGAGUUAACUAGUAAAGAUCAAUCAUGGGUUUUAAUACUUUUAACUAAGGCUAAAUUGUCAACUAUUGCCGAGUUAGCAACUAAAAGAAAUGCCGAACUGAAAUUUUUACUUGGCUAUUCACCUAAACUUAAUCUUGUUGAAAAAUGUUUUGACUCUAAAAUAGAUUAA